AUGUCCCUCUUUAUUCGAGAUGAAUCGGAUGACGAUGAUCUGGUUUUGGAGCUGUCUAAUCAAGGUCAUGAAAGACCUUCCCUGGAUGAAAAUAGGAAUACCCUUCAGGAUCAGGAAGACGCCUUGUAUCCAUUAAUUCUGAAUGACAAUUAUGAUAAUAUGAAACCAAACAUUGAAGAAAUAAGGCCCGUGGACCUGCAACUACUGCUUCCUUUGCCUUUCCAGCACCGAAUCGUAGAAGAUCUGCUUGUGUCGGAAGACUGUCUGCUAAUUCUAGGUCAGGGACUUGGUCUAGAGCCAAUUGUCGCCAACCUGCUUCAUAUUCUGGCCACACCGACGGUUAUCGAUGGCCAAAAUAAGCGCUCUCUGGUACUUGUUUUGAAUGCCAGCGAAGAGGACAAUGACAAAAUUCAAGAAGAGCUCUUGGAGCUGUCAUGGUCAGUUGAAGAUGAAGAAGACAUGCCAAAAAAUGCAGAUACUAAUACCGAGAGUUCUGACGCAGAACAAACAAAGCUCAAAAAUGGCCAACGGCCGUUCAGUGUGGUCACGGCAGAAACUCUCACUGUGGAAAGAAGACGUCAACUCUAUUUGCGCGGCGGAAUCGUGUCAGUCACCUCUCGUAUUUUAAUCGUCGAUCUGUUGUCCGGCGUUAUUCACCCAAACAACAUAACCGGCCUCUUAAUCCUACAUGUGGAGAGCCUUAAUAACUUUUCGAAUGAAUCUUUCAUCACCGACAUGUACAGGGCGACCAAUAAGUGGGGGUUUAUCAAAGCGGUUUCAGAUCAGCCCGAGGCGUUUAUGACCGAAUUCUCACCAUUGAAACGGAAGCUAAGAGAUCUCCACUUGAAAAGAACUUUAAUUUGGCCUCGUUUUCACGUCGACAUCUCUUCUAGUUUAAACUUAAAAAGGGACAACAAAGUUAUAGAGGUGAAAGUGUCCCUUACCAACUCGAUGUCACAAAUCCAAUUUGGACUUUUUGAAUGUCUCAAGAAAUGUAUUGAAGAAUUGAACAGAAAGAAUUCAAGUCUAGCUCUAGAAUCAUGGAAUGCUGAUAAUUGCUUGAACCCAAAUUUUCUUCGAUCAAUUCACGCAGUUUUGUCGCCCAAUUGGCAUCGUAUCUCUUUCGAGUCGAAACAGCUUGUAAAGGAUAUUGGAACCUUGAAAAAGCUUUUACAUGCCCUGAUUAGCUAUGAUGCCGUUGACUUCUACGAAAUCAUCCAAAUGAUUUUAGACGCUAACAAACCUUCGGUUACAAGAAAGUAUUCUGAAUCACCAUGGCUAAUGGCUGAGGAAUCUCAGGCUGUUAUUUCAUAUGCCAAGAAACGUGUAUUCCAGGAAGGUAAUUAUGAGCUCGAGGAGUUACCUAAGUGGGAGCAGCUCACGGCGAUAUUAGAGGAUAUUGAUCUGGAACAAGCUAAUUCAGCUGCCCCCGGUGGGCCCACCUUGAUUAUAUGCUCGGAAGACCGGACAUGCCGCCAGUUAAGAAAAAUCAUAUCUUAUUCUGAUCGGAAGGAAGGUUCACGGAAAUUUUUACUCCGAAAGCUACGGGGUUACAUGGACAGACGAGAGGCUUUAAAAAAGACAGCAAAGGAUGCGAGUGAAUACUCUCAAAAGGAAGGUGACCCCGGACAGCUGGCUGUAUCGAAAACAUUUGCGAAGGAAGAAAUUAAUUCAAACCGCCGAAGGACAAGAGGUGCUGCUGCUGUAGCUGCUGUUACACGGCUGAAGACAGCAUCGAACGGUAGAGGUGAAGAAAUUGGUAGCCUCAUGAACAUCGGUGAAAUAGAAGAGCAUCUAACCAAGUUGGCAGACAGUACAGAGGAUCAAAUGGCGGAGGGAAUUGACCUUGACGAAGUUCUUGACCUGGACGACGAAAAAUAUGAGGACCAUAUUUUGACAGAAGAACCGGAUGAAAUACGUCCGCCUCAAGUUUCUGGUAUGCCUAAUACUGAAAAUAUUUGGUCUUAUGAUGAUGCGCUAUUCGAAUACAUAGAAAGGAAUGACCAGAUUGUGAUCGAAAAGUUUUAUAAUAGGACGAACGAUCUUCUUUUGCAAGAAAUAAUGCCGUCACAUAUUGUAAUGUACGAGCCAGACUUGUCUUUCAUUCGGAGGGUGGAGAUGUUUAAAGCGUUGCACAAAGAUCUGCCCUUAAAAAUCUAUUUCAUGUACUACGGCGACAGUGUUGAGGAGCAGAGCCAUUUGGCUGCCAUCAAGAAAGAAAAAGACGCUUUCACUAAAAUGAUUAGAGAGCAUACGAACUUGGCUGAACAUUUCGAAGUAGAUGAAGAUCUUUCGAGAUAUAAGAACCUGACGCAAAGAAAACUGCUUUUAUCGCAACAACUUCGAAACUCAAGAAUGGCAGGAGGACAAAAAGCUUUCGAGGCUUUAACCAAUGACGUCGUCAUUGUUGACAUGCGAGAAUUCCGGGCACCUCUUCCUGGCUUACUAUACCGUUAUGGUGUUAGAGUUAUCCCUUGUAUGUUGACGGUAGGCGAUUACAUCAUAUCACCACAAAUCUGCUUGGAGCGGAAGUCCGUUCCCGACUUGAUCGGGAGUUUUAAAAAUGGCCGACUCGACGAACAAUGCAAAAACAUGUCAAAACAUUACGAAUAUCCCACCUUACUCAUAGAAUUCGAUGACAUUGACUCGUUUUCCUUGGAGCCUUUCAGCGAAAGAAAAUUCGGAUCAAUUUCCUCAACUGCUCAUCCUAUUGGAGGCAAGUUGAUGCAAGAUGAAAUCCAAAUGCAAUUGGCCCAGCUUGUGCUCAAGUUUCCUUCGCUGAGAAUUUUAUGGUCUUCUUCACCACUUCAGACCGUAAAUCUCAUCUUGGAUUUGAAGCAAGGUAGGGAACAGCCUGAUCCAACUACUUCGGUGAAUAUUGGCUUGAAAACUAAGGCAAGCAAGGAGAGGGUUACAGAAGACUCAAGUCUCAAAUUGAAAGAGCUUCUCGGAAUACCAGGCUUUUCGAAUAUUGACUACUAUAAUGUCACAAAACGUGUCAAGAAUUUCAAGACACUGAGAAAGCUAAACAAAGUGCAGCUUACUGAUUUGGUAAAUGAUGAAGACCUUGCUGAUAGAAUUCUUAACUACGUUGCAAUGGAAAUCGAGGAAGAUCCAGGUAUCCUGACUUGA